AUGCUGAGUUUUCUUGUCGUUCAGCAGGGAUUUAUGGAUUUUGAUCAUCUGACAAUCGUGUCCGGUGGUCGACACGGCGAUUUAUGCUUGUGGGACAUACGUCAACGUCAACUGCGUGGAACUAUCAAAGCAUUCGAGUCUCAUCAGAUUGUGAAGGCUCUGGUUACUGACCAUACACAAGAUCUGAUUGUAGCCGGGUCAAGUGACGGUGAUAUAAAGAUAUGGUCCGCCGAUGCAAAUCCACAGUUAAUGUACUCACUUCCUGGUGAACACGCGGCUAAAGGCGGAUUCUCUUUUAGACAAGGUCGGUUCAUGGAAUUUCUAUCGUUUUCGUUUCCGUAUUUACUGGUAGGUGCACUCAGUUUUCUGAAGUUUUCAUGUUUAGUUGCGCAAUCGACGGUACAAGGUGUGCAACAACUUUAUAUUGACCAACAAGUGCGACUUUUCUCUUGCGGUGCAGAUGCUAGUUUGAAAUUCCGAACUCUUCCAUCAGUGUAUAACAUGACACAUCUUGUCUAG